UGGGGCUUGGGGCCAAGUCUCUUCUCCACAAGGCCUCUCGCAGGACGGAGCCUCUCUGCCCUGUCUCCCGCUGACCAGUGCUCCGGCUCUUUCUCCCAUCAGGGCCGCGACUUCCCCUUCGAUGACUGCAGCCGGGCCUUCACCUGCCUCCCCGUGGAGGACCCCGAUGCCCCAGCCGAAGCGCUGACUUGCAACCUGGACAGCCUGCUGGGGACCAUGACGCACCAGCUGUGCAGGGGCUCCCCGCCGGGAGUGUGGGUCUGCAGCACCGACAUGCUCCUCACUGUUCCCUUGGCAGCAGAGAUCUGCUGGGAAGGGUUCCAAGGUGCCAAAGUGAUCUCCGUGCCGGGGAGCAUCUCGUACGCCAGAAACCACGGCGUCUACCUCGCCGACCAGCAG